CUGAAUCUGCCGAAGAGCCUGAAACUAUUCACCAAUUCGCCAACUGCGCCAGCUAACCGGUCCCACAGCGGCUCUUCAGAGUGGGUGGUGGGUGUACGAACACAGUCAAGGUGCUCAGUUUUACAGAAACGGUAGGGGAUGCAAUAGAGCAUGUUCGAGAAAGGAAAGAAGAAUGGUGUCUGAAUCUGUAGUGAAAUUAUGCCGAACAAUCUUUAACUAUAAACGUGUUGAUUACGACGGGUGCACUCAGAGAAUUGAUGUUGUUUACGUUUGCAUAAUCUUUUUGCAUAGUUCAAAGUUAAACUUAAUAGAUGCCUGGUCUAUUUUGGCCACUCAAAAAUAACUAUAUUAAAAACACAUUCCAGUAAUUACACAAUCGCAGUCUCUGUUUUAUGAUCACAGGCCUAUUUGGAACGACGCUUUAUUGCAUUAAAGCGAACUGAAAAUCUGCAGCACGAUUAGCUCAGUGGUCAGUUUCUGAAGCAUGCAGUUAACCUCUGACACACAGUACGUGUGUAAUGUCAUGGUCCAUUCAUGACAUAUCAUGGAUAUACUGCGCGGUGUAUCGAUAUGAGGACCCCAGUUUGUAAUAGAAUUAUUUUUGUAAUAGAAUCACUGCACUAUUGCUCGUGAUUGUAUUUUUUCUGAGAUUCUGUCACCACGGCCGGUGGGACGCUCCCUUCCUCAGGCAGCACACAGCCUUCCCAAGUUCCUGCUCCAAAUGUUGCAUGUUGACGCUGGCGAGGAGGCUUAAUAUAUUCCAUUGGGCGCCCAAGCAAGCACAGGGAAUGAAGCGGCAGGUCGCACCGGACCCGUACUUUCAAGAGACUGGUCGAAGCGGCUGAAAACUCGGGAUUUAACAGGAGGAAGUUCCCUGAGGUGUUCUUCAUGUGCGUUUUCAAAUCUUUUUCCUAAUGACCGACGUGAAGGGAUCAUCAGCUAUGGACAUAGAAGUGAGCAGCACACUCGAGAGCCCAACCCAACCAGAGUCUGACCAGCACAGUCCUGCAUCUCCCACGAGCCCACCCCUGGACCUGAUUGACACUGGGAAAGGCCUGAAGGUGCAGACAGCCACACCCCACUUGGUCAGCCUGGGCAGUGGGCGUCUUAGUGUGGCCAUCACGCUGUUGCCUCUCAACGAAGGAAUAACUCGGAUUGGCAGAGAAGAUGCACCCAUACCCCAAGACAUCACAAUAGAAGGUCCAGGGAUCGAGGCAGAGCAUUGCCGAAUCGAGAACACUGAGGGAGUCAUCACCCUGGACCCCUGUGGCAAUCAGUGUGCCCUCGAUGGUGUCCCAGUCACCAAACCCACCCAGCUCACCCAAGGGUACACACUCUGUCUGGGUAAAUCUUACAUCUUCCGUUUCAACCACCCUGAGGAAGCCAAGCGAAUGAAGAACAUGUUGCCCCAGAAGAGCCCUGUGUCCUCCCUUGGGUAUGGAUCAGACGGCUUGAAGUUUGACUACCGGCAGAGAGUGGGUGUGUCCAGUGGGCAGUCAGCACGAGGGGCAAGGUCAGGGGCUGAACUACAGGAGAUAAUGGACUCACUGCAGCGCAGGAAGCUGGCAUUGGAGGCCACCCUGAGGACCAAUGGGGAUUGCGGCCCCUCCUACUUCAGCAUGUCCCAGUCCCCGCCUGUCAGCCCUAACCCCCUCUCUGCCACAUCCAUGUACCAAGAUCAGAGCUGGAGGCACCCCGGCACUGAGCGCCCAUUGCUUUCCAUCAAGGUGCCCUCCUACCUGCCCGGUGCCGGCAGCAGUGGCUUGCCCCCUUCCCCCCGCCACAGUGCAGGGGAUGCCCGAGACAGGGGGAGGGACCGCCCCCUCAGCCCCACCCACCUGCUCCCCUACACCCGCUCCAGCUCCCGGAACUGGUCCCAGGACAGCCUGGUCCUCUCUGGGUUGGCCGACGGGCGUCGCCUGCCUGGAGCAGGCUCUCUGCUCUCCAUGUGGAACGGCUCCUCCUCAGUGAGCGACGCCCUCCCCCCGGCACCGAGGAUAAGCAGCGGGCCGGCCAGCAUGCCCUCCAGCCCCCGCCUCGCCCGCCGCCACCUCUUCCAGGAGGCGGGGACGGGGGGUCGGGGCGGAGACGAGAUGCUGGACCCGGGGCCCAGGCAGAGGAAGUACUCGGCGGGAUCCCUCACCGGCAUGGGCGCCUACAGCCGCUCGCUGCCCCGCCUCUACAAGUCGGCGGACAGCCAACUCCUCUCCCUGCCCCCCCGCCGCUCCCUCGGCGCCUCCGGCAGGGACACGGCGUCUGUCUCGCUGUCCUCCAAGUCCAGGCGGAGCCUGCCCUCUCUGGAGCACCCGCCGGAUGUCACCGUCACCGCCAGCGUGCCCACCAGUCCCCGCGCCGGCGUGAAGAUGAGCCUCUUCUCCUCGGGGUCUCACUCGGACUUGGAGCGCAGCGGCUUGCGCAGCUCCUCCCCGUCGCUGGACCUGGGCCUGGGCCUGGGGGAGAGGAGGCUGUCUUUAGGCAAAGGGGCGGGGCAAGGAGGCCUCAGGGAAAGGAGGGGCAGCAUCAGCUCCCUGAGCGGGAAGGAGGACCUGAGAGAUUAUCACCAGCGCCAAAGAGACGAGAGACUGCGCGAGCAGGAGGUGGAGAGACUGGAGCGGCAGCGCCUGGAGACCAUCUUGAGCCUGUGCUCGGAGCUCGGCCGCGCCGAGCGGGAGCAGGCCGGCUCCACCGUCGCGGACCUGCAGAACAUCAACAAGGAGCUGGAGAAGCUGCAGGUGUCCGACGACGAGUCCGUGUUCUCCGAAUCGCUGGGCGCCUCCCUAGAGAACGGCUACGAGCCGAAGACCCUGGAGUACCAGGCCCGCGAGGAGCGCCAGGUCCGGCAGCGGCGGCACAGCGGCCACCGGGAGGCCAGGGCGCAGUCGCCCUCCGUCAGUCUCCGGGCCUCCGCCCCCUCCCCCUCCCCCCACCUCCUCAGGACCAAGAUGCCAGAAGCGCCAGAGGAUGGACAGCUGAAGCAGGAAGUGACCCGUAUCGAGGAGGAGCGGAUCCAGGUGUUGAACAAUAUAGAGGAGCUGGAGCAGAAGAUCAAAGACCUGGAUAACCAGAUGGAGGAGUCGAUCCGAGAGAUGGAGGUUGAGCGCGCCCUGCUGGAGGGGGAGCAGGACGCAGAGGUGGCCCAGCUGCAGCAGGAGAAGGAGGUCCUGGAGCAGCUGAAGGAGAAGAUGGCGGACCUGGAGAGGAACGUGCAAGAGAAAAAGUCACAGGAGAAAGCACAGCUCGAUGCUGAAAGGGCAAAGGUAGAGAGACUGGCAGAGCUGUUCUCUGAACAGAAGACCCAGCUGGACACCUGUCCUGAAGCACUCAAGGAGCAGCUCCAGCAGCAGCUAUCCAGGGACGCAGAUGUGCUUGAGGUGGAGAAGAAGCGGUUUGAGGACCUAGAGUUCCAGCAGCUGGAGCAGGAGAGCCGUCAAGAUGAGGAGAAGGAGACGCUGACCCAGCAGCUGCUUAAAGAGAUCGCUGAGUACCAGCGCAGCACUGUCACACGCAAGGAGAGACUCAUGACACUGAAGAAGCAGUCCAGCCAGAUUUCCCAACAGGCACAGCGAGAGAAAGACAGCUUCCUGAAGGAGAGGAGCAAUCUGUUGAUGAUGCUGCAGAGGGAGAAGGAGAACCUGGAGGCUCUGGAGAGGAAGUACACAGAUCUCACUGGAGGACAGAGCUUUCCGCUCAACCGGGUUAGCAUGAAGGAGCACUUUCGAACGCUAGAGGAAAGGAAGAGGUCGGUGAAGGAGGGAGCGUCUCACCUGAGUGACACGCUGCCCCGCAAGAAGAUCCAGCAGGCUGCCUCGCCCCAUUUCAGCAGUGCAACGCUGGGCCGCAGCAUCGCCCCCAAGGCCCACAUGCCCCUUGCUCAGAGCUCUAGCUGUGGUAGCGUUCUGCUCCGCGGCCUUACCGUGUCCCCCAAGGACAUGGACCCCCGGCACCUGCACAAGGGCUAUAAUCAGCUCUACCUGACAGAGGAGCACAGACAGAGACAGAGAUUGAGUGAUCUGAACAGCAGGACUGUGUCUGAAACCAACGUCUACCUGGACUCCCUGCACUGCAGAGACAAUGGACAUGCCUUUGACACCCUGAGCAUGGACAGCUCUGACAGCAUGGAGACCAGCAUCUCUGCCUGUUCCCCUGACAACGUGUCCAGUGCCAGCAUGUCCAACAUGGCCAAGAUGGAGGAGAUGGAGCGGCUGCUGAGGGAGGCCCAUGCCGAGAAGAACCGGCUCCUGGAGACCCGGGUACCCGGAGCACCACCACACUGGGCCUCAUACACUGAAAAUCAUGAGCGUGAGAUGGAGGUGCGCAGGCAGGCGCUGGAGGAGGAGCGGAGGCGGAGGGAGGAGCUGGAGAAGCGUCUGCAGGAGGAGACCAGCAGGAGGCAGAAGCUCAUUGAGAGGGAGGUGAAGCUCCGGGAGAAACAGAGAGCGCAGUCCCGGCCACUGACCCGCUACCUGCCAAUCAGGAAGGACGACUUCGACCUGCGUGGACACAUAGAGUCCGCUGGCCACAACACGGAGAUGUGCUACCACGUGUCGAUCACGGAGAAGACCUGCCGCGGCUUCCUAGUCAAGAUGGGCGGCAAGAUCAAGACGUGGAAGAAACGCUGGUUUGUCUUUGACCGUAACCGAAGGACCCUCUCUUAUUAUGCAGAUAAGCAUGAGGCCAAGAUGAAAGGGGUGAUCUACUUCCAGGCCAUUGAGGAGGUGUAUUAUGACCACUUAAAGAAUGCUCACAAGAGCCCCAACCCUUCCCUGACAUUCAGCGUGAAGACACAUGACCGUGUGUACUACAUGGUAGCACCAUCCCCUGAGGCUAUGCGCAUUUGGAUGGACGUGAUUGUGACUGGGGCCGAGGGAUACACCCAUUUCAUGGUGUAAAUUGCCACUACGGUCACAGUUUAGACUGUGGACCAAGAUUUGCUGGAGAGACUCCGUCUGGGGAUUCCCACAAUGCCCCUGAGAUGGCAGACGCUUCAGUACUGGGCAUAGUUUUGCUCUCCCUGUGACCUCUUUUUGAUACUUACCUUAUUGUGUUAUGCUGUAUGAUGUGAUAUUAUUCCAGUGCCUUAUAUUUUUUUAGAAUUACAACAUUCUUUGAAGAUGGAGGAUCUUGGCCAAAGCAGGUGGUGGUUUUUGGAACAGUUCCACUUUGGAAUGAAGAGGAGACUUUUGUUGCCACGUGGUGUACCCUCAAUGAAUGAUGUCACCCACAAAGCCCCACUCUCCUGUAAUUAGGGAUGGAUAAGGAGUGGAUUAUCGUAGACCUCAAAUGUGUUCGAUCACACAGGUUGGUUCUUCAUGUGUGUCCUCAGUCAUUAUAAUUAAUGUGCCAAUAGAGAUGGCAGUGUCACCCCUGUGUGUCACAGACAACACCACUUAUGCUUUUACUGAUAUGACUGAUAUAGCUUGUCAUGUUUAAGACAAAGUGAAGAGUGAGUCUUAGUUGCUUUUGAGACAUCCUUCCUGUCAGAGAGGACACUUUCAGAAAAGCACAUUGCCUUCCUGUGGCCUGAUGUGAGAGGUGCGUGUGUGUGAGAUAGGUGUGAGUUUGCACCACAACACACCCCUGAAUGUCACAGGGGGAGGGUUUGCAGUGUUGCAGCUCUACAGAACAAAGCCAGCCUUUGUCAGGCGAGUGGACAGCGUCUGUGUGAUGUUGUUUUGGGUCACACUGGCUGUCUCCCUGCCUGACUUUAACUCAGUAUUUUAUACCCUCUGCCCUAUUGAACACAGCAGUCGUGACUUUUGGAUCUUAAGCAAUAUUUGUACUUCAAAACAGCAUUGUUUUCUUCUACGGCUGUCUGUCUAGUUCAAUGUUACAUUUGCAGGUGCCUUUAUCCAUUGCUCCGGAAUAUCUUGUUGUAUGCUGUUGUAUUUUUGUACUACCAAAUAGUUGUUUUGACAAUAGGAUCUUUAGCUAUUUUUGUACUACAAAGUCUUUUUGUAUUCCUCUGAAUGCAACUGAAGGCUCUCCCAAGAACUGUUGGCAGGGAUAAUGAACUACACCCGCCAAGAGGGAGCCCAGCUCUGUGUGUGCGCGUGUGUGUGUGUGUGUGUGUGUGUGUGUGUGUGUGUGUGUGU